AAAAUGAAGAGUGAGUAGAGAGGGCGGGCUUUGCAAAAUAACGGGGUUACUUUCAUGACUUUUCGCUCACAUAUCGAUGAGCGAACUUCCAAUUCUUUUCUGCUCAAGUUUCGAGUAUUUUUGAUUAACCAAACAUGCAUGAAAUUCACGAAGUCGGGCCUUAAGGCUAAAUUAGUCUUACCGAAUGGACAUUGGAGAUGACUGGAGUUUAGACGACCACUUGCAGCACUUGGCUACGGAAGCGAGAGAUCUGUAUCUUUCUGAUGAGGUACCUCGCAUCGAUGGUCCACCCCCACCCCUGGGGUUUUACCGUGACUGGGUCUGUCCUAACAAACCUGUCAUCUUCCGAGGAUGCAUCGAUCACUGGAGUGCCCUCACAAUGUGGUCUCCUGCCUACCUGAGGGAUAAGAUUGGAGACAAGACAGUAACGGUUGCAGUCACGCCCAACGGCCUCGCUGACGCGGUCUACCAAGAUAAGUUUGUGAUGCCCGAGGAGAGACUGAUGCCAUUCAGGUCUUUCCUGGACAUCGUUGAGGGGAAAAGUCCCCUUUCCCAGCAGGCUGGGAGUCGUAGUGGGGUGUUCUAUGUCCAGAAACAGAACUCUAAUUUACUGUCAGAAUUCAGAGACAUCAUUGAUGACGUGGAAACGGAAUUACCGUGGGCAUCGGAAGCUUUGGGGAAACGCCCAGAUGCAGUCAACUUUUGGAUGGGCGAAGCGAAGGCUGUAACCUCAAUGCACAAGGACCAUUAUGAGAACCUGUACUGUGUCAUAUCAGGAGAGAAAGACUUCAUUCUGCAUCCGCCAACCGAUCUACCCUUCAUACCCUACGAUACCUACCCAGCAGCCCGUUACAGAGUCUCAGACAACAGCAACUUUGACCUCAUCAGUGAACCAGAAGUCGGCAGCGUGCCUUGGAUCCCACUGGAUCCUGUCCAGCCCGACCUGGUCAGAUGGCCGGAGUAUGGCCAAUCACGCCCCGUCCACUGCACGGUGAGGGCAGGGGAGGUGCUGUAUCUACCGUCAUUGUGGUUUCAUCAUGUGAGACAAAGGCACGGCACAAUUGCAGUCAACUUCUGGUACGAUAUGGAGUACGACAUCAAGUACAACUACUUUAAGUUUCUUGAAGGUGUGGUCCACCACAACAAGUUGACUUCAAACAGGUGACAUCUUCCCAGAGACGUUUCGGUGAAAAUUAAAUAGUUACAGUCUUUUGUUCUAUACAUGUAUAUUUUGCUGUUUACUGAUUCUCUGUUUUGGGUUUGUUUUGGGGGGCUCAAGUUAGGAGAUAAAUUUUCUAAGCUUAGGCCGUGGUUGCUUGGCGGGCUUUAAAUCUUCCUUGCUAGCCUCCAGAUUAAACAUCUGACUUGCAGACAGUGCUCCAUUAACCAUGUUAACCCUAUAAUCCCCUUGAGUGAUUUACUAGGAACCUUCCUCACUCUUACAAAAUCCAACACCAUAUGGUAAACUCAACACCAAACUGUUGGACUCUGAUUAUGGUGGUAUGCCUAACCCCAUGUAAUGCAUUAUCAGUUUACUAGUGCAGUACUCACUCCAACAGAUUCCAAUAAGCCAUGCAGUCGGAUUUUGAAGGGUCGCGGUGGUUGGGUGGUUAGGGUAAAUUUGGAGAUUCACAACAUGGUUUGCAACAAGGUAAACAUACAUUUCUUGAAUUAUUAAAUGUUUGUCCCACAGUUAAUUACGUCCGUGCAGUAAAACCAAAAAAAAAAUGAAAGCUUGCAAAUAAAAUAUGUCAUAAUUACACCUAAAAAAAUCAAAGUUAAAAUUGGCUCCUCCAAAAAUGUAGAACUAAUAACUUAUCUAGUACAAAUGACCCACUUUUGUUAACGUUUUCCCACUGUUAGUACAGCACGACUGCAACCCAAUAUUUGAAACACAUUCUUUGGACUGUUCAUAUUCAACAAAAUUGUUACCAAAAAAGAACAUUUUGUGAAUCAAACAAGCACAUCAAUUUUAUGAAGAACAAAAAUAUUUUAUAAGAAAAUUUGAUAUGUAAAAAACAAAAAAACCACAUUGCUGUUUUGUAAUUUUGUUUUUCGUGAGCUGUAGCCUGCCCUGAUUUUACAACAAACAAUGGGAAUUGAUCACUGUU